AUGACGGGAGAUAUCUCACUCGGGUUCACUGUGUGCAUCCUCGCAUCGCUAUGUACACUCAUCAGUCCUGCAUCCCUUGAAAAAAGACCGGCUGGGCACCUUCCCGAUGCGCCUCAAUUCCAACCACGAGAUGUGCUUAAAUCCGUCGUCCAAAUAAAUCCUCCUUUUUAUGAUACAGAAUGUCAAGUUGGAGGCUGCACCUUCUCCUACGAGUCGGUGUCUCUUUUCUACUGGCCCAGCGUGGCACCGACGAAUACGGCUUGCCUUGCCACACUUGCCAGCCCUCCAGUUGUAACACCUCCCGCUGGAUUGUCGAUGCAAUCUCCCAGCGUCUACGUGAUUUUCACCUCGUUCUAUCUCUACGACGGUUGUGGAACCAAACUCCUCCAGGCCAGCUUCGAUCUGACCACGUCCUUCGCAUCCGGUGAAUUAUCAACGGUAGCGACAGCGCCCGGCGGCGGCCUUUCCACCGACGCCUUCGACUUCGACGAUCUGCCAUGCCCUCCACCUGGAGUCCAGGUCGAAGCCGGACAGCCGUACCGUCCCCUGCUCGCUCCGCCAGCCUUCGUCACCGCGAUCCCGGGUUGGAACCCCAACUUCGACAACUGUGACCCCGGCCACGGAAUCGACCCCCCGACCGCGCUCACCUCCGCCCUCGGCGGCCUCCCCGGGCCAGGCUUUCCGGGCAUGCCGCUGCCUCCGCGAGAUGUCAGGGCGUACGCACAUCCUCACAUGGCGCCUCGGGCUCCGACGAAAACGGCUGGGCCAGCGUAG